AUGAGUGACCAGGAGAGAUACUGGUGCGUGAAAUUUCACGGAGUGGCUGAAAACUCUCUUGAGAAGGUGAAAGAUAAAGUGAGAGAGAUCUGCAAAGCUUCGGUGCCGGAGGAGCAGAGGAACGAGGUGACAGCGGUGGACAUCGCACACAGACUCGACCGACUCAGGACCGGGGAAGACCAGUGGGCUAAACCAAGGUCCAUAAUCAUAAGGUUCAUGUCAAGAACGGAAAGGGUUUUGCAAAAGAAGUCUCACACCAUCUGUCUACCUAAUGGAGAACUGCAUCUGACUGUGAGCAACAGCAGCUCCUUACAGGCUUUUGAUCAGCUAUCAACAAGCCACGGGCAGCUCGAUGUAAUCCACUGUAGUCUGACGUUAGAUUUUGAUACAGAGGAGGCAGUGGUGAAAGGGGAUGUUGUGAAGGAAUCAGGAGGAGCUUUCGGGGCUGCAGCUGAGAAAUUGGAGCACCAGGUUGACAAGAUCUUCAUCAAUCUCAUUGAGAGAUAUACUUGCCAUCACGUGUUUGAGCCUAAACUGGUCAAGAAGGUGCAGCAGGAUCUCAGCAAUGUGGAUGAUGAUAUAAAAGUGUACUCUCAGACAGGUUAUGUUGUGGUGGUGGGAGAAACUGUUGUUGUGAAGGAGAAGGUUUUGGUUCUAGAGAAGUGUCUUACAUCCACCAUGGAGCUGCCAAUCACGGAGAAACACCUCAAGCUGAUAGAAGAAGAGUUCAGAAGAGAAAUGCAAGCUGAUUCUCCAGAAGUUAAAAUCACCACACGUACCAACAUGGUAAUCUUGGAAGGCACUGAUGAGAAAGUAAAGUCAGGAGCUGCAAAGCUAGACGAGCUGGUCAAAAAGAUAAAAGUGAAGAGAGUUCAGCUCUCUCCGUGUUUGUCUGCCUUCAUGAAAACCAGCAACGCCCUCUCCAAGUAUGAAGCUCGAUUUCAGCAGAGGUUUAGAAGUCCUGUGUCCCUAGAAGUGGAUUCUGACCUGCAUCUGUCCAGUUUGUCCUCUGUUUUCCUCGAGGAGGCGGAGGCAAAACUGCUGAGAGACAUUGUUGUGAUCAGUGUUCAGCUGCAAGGGGCAGCCACGGUCCCUCCAGAGCUGAGAGCAAUCCUCAACAAGGCCAGAGAUGAGGUCAACUCUGUGGGUCUCCAAGUGGAGGUCAGCUUCAUCCCAGGUGUCAAAAAAACUACAGUCCAGCUAGUUGGCUACUCACCAGAGGUCACCAAACUUAAAGAGUUACUUCAUGAUUAUCAGUUGAAUCAAGCUCCCACUGAAGAGAUGAUCAAACUGCCAGAUCCAGAACUUGUGGAAUGCUUUGAUGAAAUGUUGAACAGGCUUGGAGUGAAUAUAACCAGUGUCACACUACAGACCUCACAUGUCCCAUAUCCAUGUGUGAUUCUGUCUGGUCCCGAGGGUCAAGUUAAGGACAUACAUAAGACUCUCCAGUCUGUUUUAGCCAACCUAACAGUAGACUAUUUGGUCUUGAAUGGGCCAGGGCCUCUGCGAUACUUCCAGGGAGUUGGAAAAGUUAGCAAAGAUUUGGUUGAGACUUCCCAUAAGGUCAUUAUCAGGGAGCAGCAAGGAGUCCCAAAUGUAAAUGUCCAACAGCAAGACAGCAUCACAAAUGUGACAUCGCUCAGACCAUCCCUGAACAGACAAAGCAGGAGCUGUGUUAGAAGUCCUGCAGUCAGCCAAAUAAAUCUAAGGAUCAAGCUUUGCCGUCUAGAGGAUGAACAGGUGAAUGUUUUUGUGGCUCCCGUUGUUAAGAAUCAGCUGAACUCUAAUAAUAUCAGUAAAUCCCUGCUAAGAAAAGGGGGCAGAAUUCUCCAGUCUCAGUUUGACGCAACAGCAGCAAACUGUGUCCUUCACCCAGGUGAAGUUCUUCAGGUCCCUGGACCUCCAUCUCUGGGAUGCUCCAAGAUCUUCUUCAUAGAGUGCUCGCCUUGGGAUGGUGUUGGAGGACAGAGUGUUCAGGCUCUAAGAAAAGGCCUGCAGACAUGUUUGGACCUCUGUGGAAAGCAGGGCUAUAGCUCAGUGGCCAUACCAAUCAUUGGACAUGGAGUUAUUCUGAAGUACUCUCUAACGAAUGCUAUUAAAGUGCUGACAGAGAAGAUUACUGAGUUUGGAUCAUCUGCAACUUCCGGGUCUCUCUCCAGCAUCAAUAUUGUGAUCCAUCCUGAUUAUUCUGACUCUGAGAAGACUUACCAUGAAGUGCACAAAAACCUUUGCUCAAGCAUGAACCACACAGGCCAAGCAAUAUUCAGGUCUCUCACCAGUGACCUUGAUGAAGUCAUUAUGGCGUUGGGAGGCAACAUUCAACUACACCUUGUGUUUGGGGACAUCACCAACCAAACUACAGACGUUGUGGUGAACACAACAGACUUCACCAAUUUCCACAAUGAGGGGGUGUGCAAAGACAUCCUUACAGUGGCUGGACCGCAAGUGGAGGCAGAACUGAGAGCAGCCAAAGUGAACUGUGGAGACAUUUUUGUGUCCCAGCCUGGGCAGUUCCCUUGUAAAGCAUUUUUUCAUGUUUGCGUAGAAAGAGAUGAAAGUCUCAUUGAGGAACUUGUGAGCAACAUCAUAUAUCAGUGCGAAAAGUUUGGGUUUGAAUCUGUAGCCAUUCCUGCCAUCUGUACUGGGGCUGGUGGGUUGGACCCUGGGGUUGUAGCCGGUGCAGUCCUUCGUGGAAUCAAAACUGCAACUUCGUCCAGGAAACUUUGCAAACUCACCCGCAUCCACAUUGUCCUGAAUAGGAUUAAGGUUUUCCUUGUGUUCAAAGAGGAAGCAAUGCAGAUGUUUUCCCCAGUUAUUAGGGAAGCACCUGCGAUGCCUCAGGUACGACAACAGUCACUUUCUCUGAUAACCGACUUUAAACUUGCCAAUGAAAGUACAGGGAGCCAGCAGUCCACCUUCAAGUUCAUUGGUCUUGGUAAAAACACAGUUGAUGAUGCCAUGAAAAAUCUGAAGAACCUGUACGAGACAGUGUGUUCCACUCAAACCAUCAGCAAAGAAGACAUGGAAGUCCUCACCCAGGUAGACGUUGAGACCUUCAAGCAGCUGGUUGAGUCUGAGGGUCUGUUCAUAGAGGAGGACCCAUCAGGUGGCCUAACAGUGACUGGACUAAAAGAUGGGCUUACCCAGUUGAUGAUGAUGAUUCAAUCCUGUUUGCAAGUCCGUUUGAGAAUAGAGAUGAGAGUUAGAGAGGAGGAAGAUUUGUAUAAUCGUGUAAUGUGGUGCAUCUUGGAUCAAAGAGGCAACUGGCAAAGACUACCGAAAAUUGCAAACUACAAUCUGGAAAAAGGUGAUAUUGCAGCAGGAAUAGAGGAUGCCCAGGGUGUCACAUGGGAAGUAAAUCUGCAAGAGAAGAAGGCAACUGCAGCUGGACAGAAGACCAAACUGAAGCGUCUCAAAAACCUGACAGACUUUAGCUUUCCUCUAUACUGGGAUAGCAUGACUGCAAGUGAGUCCAUGAAAGUGGUUCCACUAAGGCAAUCUUCUAAAGAGUACAAACUUGUGAAGGAGGCUUUUCAAAUGACUGCAAGACAAACUGUAAUCAAGAUCGAGCGCUUACAGAACAUUCAUCUGCGGCGGGCCUACGAAGCACAAAAGAAGCACAUAACCUUUAAGAAUGCAACACUUGGAGUAGAAAGCGAAAAUACUCUUUUCCAUGGGACAUCCCAUGAAAACUGUAACUCCAUCAUGACAACUGGGUUCAACAGGAGCUUCGCAGGACAAAAUGCGACGUUUUAUGGAGAUGGAACCUACUUUGCUGUAGAUGCGUCCUACUCAGCAAAAAGCACUUACUCCAAGCCAGGUGCUGACGGCUCUCAGCUGAUGUUUGUGGUUCGGGUGCUGACUGGUGUCUACGCUCAGGGUCAAAGUGGAAUGAAGGUGCCUCCACCACGCAACGCCCAACAACCCAAUGAGCGCUGUGACAGCGUGGUGGACGAUAUAAACAACCCCAGGAUGUAUGUUGUGUUUCAUGAUGACCAAGCUUAUCCAGAUUACCUCAUCACCUUCAAAUAAGAUAUUCUGUAGGUUUGUUUUUUUCCAAAAUAAUUAUUUGUAAAUAAAGUAGGAAAUGUGGUUCAUUUUGAUUAAAAUAAAUUCUAGAAUAAUAAUUUUGUGAAAAUGAUUUGAAAAAAAAAAAUGCUUUUCCCUUUUAACUUUGUCAAAUUUGUUUCGUAAAACCUUUCUAUUA